GUGGACUGGACUAGAACAAGUUGAUGAACAGAAAUCACCGGCUGUUACGGUGUUGCAAUAGAAAUGCACACAUUCUAUGAUCUAAAGGUUUAGGGUGGUGAGUCAGCCCUCAGCAGAGCGGAACCCCUCUCCUCACAUACAGAGCACAGAGCUGCCAGACAAGGUGUUCUCCAAGAGUGUUGCCCACCCCCACACACCCCACCGCUCUAUCCAGACCCUCUAGGACAGACAGGAUCCACACUCCUCUGGACAGGACCUCAUUUUUGUUUACUGUGAAUGAAGCGAUAAGGGGAUGAUGUCAGAGGACAGCUGUUGCCGAAUAUGCUGCAGGGGGGUGUAUAGCUGCUACUGGAGGCACCCCAGUGAGAGGAAUCAAAAAUGCUCCCGCUGCAUGUUGUCAGUCCUUACCGCUGUGUCCCUCCUCACUCUGUUCUGGAUGUACGUCUGUCUGAUGGCCUUCAAUGACCGCGAGGAUGUUAACUGGAAGGGCUUUUCCAUUCUGAAACUGUGGGUGAACUGGUUCAUGGUGCUAAUCAUCAUCUCUGCUGUAUUGACCAUCUACUGCACCCUAUUACUGGUCUUUGCACUGUUCCAACUUGCCUUGAAAGAGCCUUUGGACUUACACUGUCUGCACAAGUUCUUCCUGUUUUUAGGUGUGGUCUUCAUCGCCCUGGGCAUCGCUGGAAUAAGUCGACAUUGGAAAGAAGAGUGGCACACUGUUCUUCUGUCACUGCAGGCCACGGCUCCAUUCCUACAGAUGGGAGGGGUUGGAGCCCUGACCCUGGUCAGCUGGCUGGUGUUCCAGGGCUUCCAUAGGUCCCGCAGAGUAGCCUCUAAGAUCCUCAUCAUGGUAGUGUUUGCUGGCGUGUCAGUGGCAAUGUUCCUCAGCCCACUCCUCAUCCAAUCCCCUUGUCUGGUGGACGAGAAACAGCUGCCCCCUAAACCUGCCCUCUUUGGUCAUCGCGGAGCACCAAUGCUGGCCCCAGAGAACACCAUGAUGUCGUUCAGGAGGAGUGUGGGGUGCAACGUGACCGCCUUUGAGACGGACGUGCAGCUCAGUAAGGACAGAGUUCCUUACCUGAUGCACGACCACGGCAGCCAUUUCCUGAGGAGGACUACAGAUGUUCUACAGAAGUUCCCUGGGAAAGACUUGAACCACAGCACAAACCUCACCUGGGAGGAGCUACAGGAAUUAAACGCUGGUGAUUGGUUCCUGAAUACAGAUCCAUUCUGUUCAGUGUCCCAGCUCUCAGAACAGGAGAAGAGGACAGCUAGGAACCAGAGUGUUCCCUCCCUUCUGCAGCUGCUUGACCUGGCCAAGACUCAUAACACCUCUGUCAUCUUUGACUUGAAGAAUGACGACAACAAUGACACUAAUGACAUUGUGAAAACCAUCCUCAACUCUGGCAUCCCCCACGACAAGAUCCUCUGGCUUCCCCCCACAGAUAGGGAGGAUGUGAAGAAGGUCGCACCAGGGUUCAAACAGGUUUACGACAAUGUGUCUGCUAUGAACAUUGACGGAGCAGAUCAUCUAAAUGUCAAGUACAGUGCGUUGAGCGCCGCAGAGAUCGGGGAGCUUCGGAAAAGGAACGUGUCGGUGAACCUGUGGGUGGUGAAUGAACCAUGGCUCUUCUCUUUAAUGUGGUGCUCGGGGGCCAGCUCUGUGACCACCAACGCCUGCUCCGUCCUACAGGACAAGAACCAGCCUGACUGGACAAUGGGACCUAGUACAUACAGAUGUAUAUGGAUCACAGUGGACCUGGGGUCAUUGCUCAUAAUGUUCGCACUCUUCAUCUUAAAGAGAAGGAGAGAGAAUCACACAUGGUCUGCUUUGGAAUCAAGAGAGCUYUGCUCCUUCUUACCACCUGAAUAGUUCAGCCUGGAUCCAGAAAUCGAAAUCCAUCCCACCCCACCCUACUGUCUGYAUGGCUCAGCCUUGAAUCAGGAAGUAUUUAGGCUAAUUGAAAAGACAGUAUCUAAAAAAUGUGUGGAUCACAUGCGUAAAGUACAUUUUACAUUCAUUAUGAGAAUUUAUGAACAAAGGUGUAAAUACCACYUCCAUGUGUUGCCACAAGGAUGGCCAUUCAAGAUGWCAUUUAGCAGACGCUCUUAUCCAGAGCGACUUACAAAUUGGAAAGUUCAUACAUAUUCAUCCUGGUCCCCCCGUGGGGAAUGAACCCACAACCCUGGCGUUGCAAGCGCCAUGCUCUACCAACUGAGCCACARGGGACCAGUCAUUUCAUUGUCAUUUUAUUUCAAUAUAUUUUAGAUGCUUUUUGUGACCAUUUGUAAAUAGUGUUUUCCUAWAGAAAAUGUUUGUGUGACACUGUAUUUGUAAAAAAAAAAAUAUUGGUUCACUGUAUACAUUAAGUUUAGACUUUAUUUGGAAACUGGUUUUGGGUUCACUGAUAAAUGUCAGCACUACUUCCACUGGGGCUUACACUCUGAAUGAGAGAUUUACCAAAUGAUCACAAAUCAUCUUAUAUCAUAUUUUUUAUAAAAUCGUAUCUGGAUUUGACACCUGUGUGUGUGUGAACGCCGCAGAGAACGUGUGCGCGCGCCCAUGUGUGUGUACGCGCCCGUGCGUGAGUGAGUAGUUGUGUGCGUGAGAGACAGAGCGUGUGUUUCAGAAAAAAACAUGUAAUGAUUUAUUUGUCUGUGUGAAUAAAAAAAAAGAAAUGUGUUGGGUUCA